CUUCAAAUCAAAUCCCGUUCUCUCCUCUAAGACGUCAUUUUUUUGAUUCAAUUCAAAUUUUAGAUGGAGUUUCCUAUGACCAACAGCUUUUCUGUCAAUAAGCCUGCUUUAUUCUUCAAACCCUCCAAUCUCUCUCUACUCAAUCAACACUCUCUGCUUUCGUUAUCGCUAUUGCCUUCGCAUUUUCUUCAAACCCAUAUGAAAAAACCAAUUAUUUGUUCAAGAAACAACAGAAGGGGAUCUGAUUCUCAAAGAUCUAGAAAACUCGUGCUCAACGCUGUCCAUUUCAUCGCGUCAAAGCUCAACGUCUUACCAGAGCCGUUGGAUAUGAUGAUAAGAGAAUUUGGAGGUGGAAAUGGAGGGGGAUUCGGGUUUCGGAAGAGUUUUGGGUGGUCAGGCUUUGAUGGGUGGGGCAGGAAAAAGAAGAAAAGAUUAGAGUUCAUGGAAUUUGUCCUGUUGUGUGGUUUGGGAUUGUGGUUGAUAUUGGGGAAAGAAAUAGACGGUACUGUAUUUCUGGGGGUUCUGAGUUUAAUUUUAUUUGGGGUUUCACUUAAUGGUUCAAAGGGUGCAGUAAAUCAUUGGACUUCAGGAUUCUUUUGUUGUGCUAUUUGUGUUGGUUUGGGGUUGAAGGGACAGGAUUUGAAGACAUGGGUGAAAGCUUUUAGGCAUAGGGAGAUUGCAAGAAGAGGCAUAAGAAGAAGAAGAGCAAUGUAA